AUGCGCUCUCGGGGGUCGGCAUACUUGUAUCUACUUUGUCUUGCAGUCUCCAUUGGAGCGCAGCAUGAUGCAGCGCUCAAGUCCAACUCAGGUGACUGGACCAGAGAAGUGCGAGAAAUACAACAAACGGAAGUAAAAUCCUCUGAGAUGAUCAGCGAAGAAAAGCAAGAAAGUCAGGAAAAGUCUGUUGAUCCCAAUUUUGUGAAAUCACUGAAUGAGGUGUUGACCCAAUUUCUGCGCGAUAUGGCAACGGUGGUAAAGGAAUCGCCUGAGAGCGCAGAACGAAUCCGAGAAGCCGAUGUUGCUCAUAUUCUCAAAGAUUCGCUGGCUGCUGCAGCAUCGACAACUCCGCCUUCUUCCAGUGAGCAACGACAGCAGUCGUCAUCGGAAAUCCCUGUCAACAAUUCAUUAACUGUCAACAAAGUAGCUUUUGGUAACCGGCUACAGAACGGCGAGAAAGAAGUUCCACAGAAGCAGAAUAGUACUAAAGGCAACGAGCUUACAGGAGUAGUUGUUAGUCAAAAGCCACAACCCACGAGAUUUCGACAACGGCUGCAGAAACCAAAGAGACUUCCUCUUAAAAUCGCUACCAGAUAUGGGCGAGAAAAGUUGAUGAACCGACGACGGCCAUUUAGGCCGCAUGUUCAGAUAACAAGACCACCAAUUCGCAAACAGACAAGUCAGCCCAGAAAAAUCCCGCAAGAGUCGGUCGGAAUCUCCAGAAGAGUUUUUCGUGAAAGAAAUUUUAAUGGAGCAUGGAGAUCACGCUUUCCUGCCAAAAUUAGUAGGCCAAGAGGAAAACCCCUCGCAACAAGUACACAAUGGAGACGACGUCCUUUCGAGAAUCUCAAUCGACGAUACGUGAAGACUUUGGUGAAGAAACCGAAAACCUUGCUAAGUGGUGGUACUAAUCAGCAAGGACGAACACCAACAUCGAACACUCCAAGAGUUGUCAUACAGAACCGCGAAGGGACCGACGUAAGUGAGGUGGUUACCCAAGUGGGACCAUCGAGGAGACCAAUUCUCAACAGAAGUCCAAGUUUGCACUCUGGAAGUAGCCCUGCAGACGCUCGCCCACCGCCAGAGAACUUUCGAGCCAGACUACAUGUGAAUCAAAGUCCACCUUUGGUGGGUCCCGCCGCACAUUCUGGGCUACCUACAGAUCCAAAAAAGCCUCAGCUUAACUUCUCAACGGAGGACUCCAGGGAAAAUGUUUUACCGAUCCUACAGCAAGAAGUCAGGCCAACUGCUCUCCAGACAUUUAUUGCAAAGGAAACAGUCCUAAACGAUUUGGUUUUCGACUUAUUGAAAAAACUUGGUGUUCAAUCAUUCGAAAUGAAGAGUGACUCGGGAACGCUCAAGGGAGUUUCUGAUCCGAGGCGUACGCAUUUCACGCCAUUGGAGCUGAUCGAGCAGCUCGCGCAAGAGAAUAGAGAACAUUCCAACACUAGCCAAAUUCCACCAAAUAAUGUGAACAUGCCGAGGCAACCGCAACCCUCUGAGUCAAAUGAAACCCCGACUACUACUGCGCAAGUAGCUGGAUCCUCUGAGACCAUUACCGGCCCGUUCGGAAACGCAUGGAGACAAACUCGUGGAAUCACCAGAAAAGAACUUAGAUUGCUCAGAGUGAAAGCGCGGCAGUGA